CCCUUCAGUCAUCCAUUCGGCCAGACUCAGACUCAGUCGCCACCGUUAACUCUUUGAAACUGGACGCAACGAGCGGCAAAUACGACGCGGCCGCGCCACAAUCACCAAUUCAAAAAGAGAUUUGAAAAACAAAUUUGGAAAAUUGCAAAAAAAUUUAAAUAUUUAAAGCUAUCGAAAAUAAAGGCCAGUGUAGUGUGAUCAUUAAAAAUAGUGUGACCCAACUGCAAUCGAUAAUAGAAAAUUUAUCAUUGCUCAGUGCUUAGUGAUAAGUGCGUGAACUACCCCCUCCCCGAUCACUGUUAAUCACCCUACCCCCUCCACCCCACGACGCUUGAGAAUUGAGUUGCAUGUGAACCGGCGAUCCAAUGAAAAUGGAAGAUCCCACCAUUGCCGACACAUAUGUGCAGGAAUUUAACUUGGAUCAUUUGGGAGUUGGAGUUGCCGGAAGCUCAGUGACCACCCUGACGCCGGUGGCAGUGGCCGCCAUUGGACAUGUCAAGCGCGAGGAUCACAGUCCACCGCAGCCGGUGAAAUGGACGACGGUGCAUAGUCGGGAACCACCAGCAGAUGAUGAAACGGAGCCGAUUCCACUGCCACUGCCACUUCCAGUUCCACUUCCACUGCCAAUUGCCGUGUCGGAAUCAGCCGGUGGUGAUGUCUCCCAACUAGCCACCGUUUCCCAUAUUAAGUUGCGCUCCUUUUCGGGUCACCAAUGGCACAUGGAUGAGCGGCGACUUCAGCCGCUGAGCCCGCCUCCCGAGGGCUAUGUGGGCGGUCCCAUGGGCGGACAAGCUGUUCUGGUGAACACAUCCUCCUCCUCGGCAGCUGCUGCGGCUGUAGCAGCCGCUGCUGCUGCCGCCUCCGCUGUGCCUGGCGGUGUACCUUCCACACCGCCAGAGACGCCGCCUGUUGUGGGCUCACCCACGGGCAGCAGUAGCUGCCCCAGUCAGGCCUACGCCCAUCACUACCACGCCGGGCGGGCAAAUUCAUCCGCCAAUGUUGCUGCUGUCGGUCUUAGUCAGGAGAUGAUGUGGCUGCCGAAUUCGAUGCGGGCCGAGCAACAGCCGCUGGAUCUGCGUCCGCUCGCCUGUCCCGGCUCGCAGGAGGAGGCUGAAGAGUGGGAACGUCAAAGGGACUAUGCCAUGCAUGCGGCUGCGGCUGCUGCACAUCAUCACCAUGGACAUCCGCUCAUGCAGAGCCACCAUCACCAUGCACAGGCGCGUCACAUGGCACAGGCACAACAUGCCACGCAUCACCAUCAUUUCCACAGUCUGGAGCACGCGCUGCCCAUCAACAUGCAUUCCAACUCCACGAACUCCUACGCGGGCAGUCCCGGGCCUGGCUCAGGUCCCAGUGGCUCCAUGUGCCAAACACUCUCCAAUUGUGGACCCCAGCUGCCAUCCACCGGCAGCAGCAGCGGCGCUAGCAGCGGCUCCAACUCCCGCGGCUGUGUGCGCUCCAUGUUGCAACCGUGUCGCCCGCUCUCGGCGAGCUCCACGCGCAGCUCGAACAACUCGCCGCACACUUGUUCCGGCGCAUACAGCAAUGCCACUCUUGAGGAUUGCAUCAAUGACGACAUGCUGACCACACUGACGGUGCGGGAACUGAACAAACGACUCCAUGGCUGUCCACGCGAGGAGGUAGUGCGCCUGAAGCAGAAACGUCGCACUCUCAAAAAUCGUGGAUAUGCCCAAAAUUGUCGUUCCAAGCGUCUGCAUCAGCGUCACGAACUGGAGAAGGCCAAUCGUCAGCUCAAUCAGGAUCUGCACAGACUAAAGCUGGAGUACUCCCGUGUCUGCCAGGAGCGAGACACCCUUAUGAACAGGCUCCAACAGCAGCGAACGGGCGCCGCGGCUGCGGAUAACCAGAGUUCCCCCGAGUUCUAUCUAUGACGCCAGCUGGCGGCGGCCUCAACAGCUUCCACCUCAACAAACUCGCAUCAGUUGCAGCCACAGCAGCAACAUCGUGCCUCGCAUUCACAUCCUCAUCCACAUCCUCAUCCUCACACGCAUCCACAUCCGCAUCCACAUCCGCAAUGGCCACCUCAGCAGGUGGUCAACUAAGUGAAUUGUUAGUUAGCUUAGCUGAAGUAAUACCCAAAUGAAUCCUACUUCGUAUAAGGGUUAAUCACAAGUUCUGUCAGGGCUCUAUAGCACUUUAAGAGAUGUUUCAACAUCAAAUCUAUAAUUAUCUCUUUCGUAAAAUUUAAACCGCUCAAAAUUUAUUUCCAAAAUCUUAGACCUUUUUUUCUUAGUUUUCUAAA